GAGUGUUAAGUAAUUCCGGUGGAAGAAUUUCUCCGAGACUAUUGAAUGUGUUAAACAAUAAAAAAUAUAAAAAACUACAGAGAUUGUUGUUAAAAGAAAGUUAGUUAUUGUUAUAAAAAACUAAGAAAACCAAAUAUAAAAAUCUGUAUAAAAUAAGAUAAGAUCAGAAUCGAACUUUACCUUGCAACCUACAUUUGUAACCUUAAAAAAAACCUCAAGGAUUAAACUACCAAAAGAACAUCACUGCAGUAAAAAAUGAUUGCCUCAAAUAUCCUUUUGGCCAUUACCAUCCUUUUGACUGCUGUGUAUUUGUGGUGUCGCCGCACCUACUCUUAUUGGCAACGCCAUGGCAUUCCCUUUGCCAAGCCCACCAUGUUGAUUGGGAAUACCAAGGAGGCCUUUAGCUUAAAGACCAGCAUUGGAUUACAUCUUUCACAGCUCUACAAUCUGCCGGAGAUGCAAGAUGAGCCCGUCGUUGGCAUUUAUAUGUUCCAUCAACCCGCCCUGGUGAUCCGUGAGCCGGAGUUGAUUAAAUCGAUAUUAAUAAAAGAUUUCAAUUUGUUUACUAAUCGCUAUGGAAAGUGCGAUCCGCACGGCGAUGUGUUGGGCAACAGUAAUUUGUUCUUUGCACGCAACAACUAUUGGAAAGAGUUGAGAACGAAAAUAUCGCCUGUCUUCACGAGCGGCAAGGUGAAGCAAAUGUAUCCGCUGAUGUUGGAGGUGGCCACUGGAUUGGAGGAGCACUUGUACUUGAAGGGCAAUAAUUUUACCACAGAAGUUAAGGAAAUCUGUGCCUCAUUCACCACCGACCUCAUAUCGACAAUAGCUUUUGGCAUCAAUGCCAAUAGUCUUACCAAUCCCAAUGGUGAAUUCCGUUCUCAGUGUCGUAAUAUGUUCCUCUUUACCCUGCCCAGAGCUUUUGACUUCUCGGUGGCCUUCUUUCUACCCAAACUGGUGUCUCUGCUGCGUGUUAAAAUUUUCAGCCCUGAAUUUUCGAAAUUUCUGCGCUCAACCAUCAAUCAUGUGAUGAGGGAACGUGAACGUACUCAAAUUCCACGCAAUGAUCUCAUAGACAUUUUGGUGGCCUUGAAAAAGGAAGCUUCCCUGGAGGGCAAUAAAAUAAACCCUAAAGAUUAUCAAGAUUGUCUGGUGGCUCAGGCGGCAGUAUUUUUAACGGCAGGUUUUGAAACUUCGUCGUCAACCAUGGCCUUUACUCUAUUCGAAUUGGCCAAGAAACCGGAAUUGCAAGAAAGAUUGAGAAGUGAAAUUGUGAAUGCGCUUGCCUUGGAAAAAUCUGGCCAUUUGUCUUAUGAAAAUAUACAAUCGUUGAACUAUUUAAAUAUGGUGGUCGAGGAGACUUUGCGCUUGUAUCCGGUGUUGCCAUUUUUGGAUCGUCAACAUCAAAGGCCGGCUGGAAUUCACAAGGGGUUCAGCCUGAAACCCUAUUAUGAAUACACCUUACCCGAUGAGAUGCCAGUGUAUAUACCCAUAUUUGCUAUACAACGUGAUCCAAAGUAUUGGCCCAAUCCCAAUGAGUUUGAUCCCGAACGAUUUUCGCCGGAGAAUAAGAAACUAAAUAACAAUUCUACAACUUAUAUGCCCUUUGGCACAGGACCCCACAAUUGUAUUGGCAGUCGCAUUGGACUACUGCAGACCAAAUUGGGUCUGGUACAUUUCCUUAAGAAUUAUCGCGUGCAGACAUGCAGUAAAACACCCAUUCAAGAAGAUUUCGAUCCUAAAGCUUUGGUGUUACAGUUCGAGAAUGGAGUCACAUUAAAUGUGGUGCGUGACAAUCUCUAUGAGAAGAAUUCGAAAUCGAAAUAAAAUUGUAGCUAAGUGGUAUAAUAGCCUAAAUUUAUAAAAUAAAUCUUAGAUCUCAAAAGCA